GGUAGGCACAACCUACCUGGCACCCCUAUAAAUAAUAACCUCAAGUCAAAACCGUUACAACACACACACACACACACACACUGCAUUCACUCCUCUGGUGAAGUCAGACAAGCUAAGUGAUCCAAAGGACAUCCUCUCGGCUCCACUUCAUGCGAUGAUGUCACCAUGAGAUGAUGUCACCACCACAAGAUUCUAUCAUUAUCUAUGAAUUAGCUAAGGGAGCACCUCCCUCACCUACACCCAGACAAACACAAUCAGAUGGAGAAACAGAAAGAACAACUGAGGGAGGAGAAGAGGAUGUAAAGAGCCAGGAGAUCUGAUGAAGAUGAAGACAGUCAGUGUGGUGGUGCUGAGCUUGUUGCUCUGCUCAGCUCUGUCGGCCCCUUUGAAAGGUAAAGAAGACUCCCAGAAGACCAUGUUCUUUGGGGAGGACUUCCAUCUGCAGCUGCCCUCCCUGGCUGCAGAGGUUUUGUUCCAGCCCAGUAGUGCCAAGGCGGGGGUUGAGGUGGUCCUGAUGCGGGGUGGGUCCGUGGUCGGUAACCGUGCCAAGCUCAACAGUCAGCUCAGUCACCUGAUCCUAGCGAACGUGGGCGAGGGGGACGAGGGGACUUACUCGGUGAAGAACAACGAACAGCCGGAAGAGGUCCGACGCAUCACACUCAUCGUCAGAGACUGUUCCAAUGAGCAGAACAUUAAGUAUGGGGAGAACUACCACAUCCAGCUGGUGGGGGUGGAGGCUCCCAUCACCCUGGAGUAUAGGCCCAGUGCUGUGGAGGCCAACCUGACCUCCAGGCCGCCCCUGGUGCUGAUGACCCGAGAAGGGCUCUCCAGAGACGGGUACCAGGGGCGCCUGAGUGUCAACGAGCACCGGGUCACCCUCCACGCCGUGACAGGCGCCGAUGAGGGAAGCUACACCGUCAGAGACACGAACCUGAAGAUCAUGAGGAAGGUCUGCCUAAAUGUCAAAGAACACCAGAACUUUGUGAAGCUGCCGUACGCUGGCACCCUGAAGAUCAACCUGAUUCUGAAUGCCUCCAUGGUGCAUCUGUUCUACACGCCCGACUAUGACUUAAAAACCAGACAGAUCCUGGACGGGGGAGAGUUAAAGGUGCCAGCAGACCUGGAUCUGGUGGGGCGGAUCUCUCUGGAUCCGUCUGUGGUCAUCCUGGACCAGGUCAAGGCCAGCGACGUCGGACAGUUCAAGGUCACGGACAUACUGGGGUUUCCUGUGUCCAACGUCUACCUGGAAGUGGAGGCCUACAAGCUGCCGUCCCUCUAUGUGGCAAUCAUAGCACUGGUGGGCUUCCUGGUCCUCCUGCUGUUGGUGUGUCUGCUGUCCUGCCUGGUCAAGCAGAAGAAGAGGGCAGCCAAGGCCCGAGCCAUCGAGAAGAUUGCCCAAAAUGCAGGCAAGGAGGACGAGGGAGAUGCCUUCAGACAGGUGGUGAAGAACAUUACUCAGUUUGAGGAGUCUAUAGCCCAGUCCAUCGACAUCACAGAGAAGUCUCAGAGCACCGAGGUGGACAUUAAAGGUCUGGAGGUGUCAUCCAAGGAGGUGGCAUGUGGUAACCUGGAGACCAGUGACUCAGGGGUGGAGUUUAACACCACUGGCCUCCCAUUGGACACUGACACUGACGUCCCCGACCAGAUUCCAGAAUCAGAGGCUGAGACUGAGAGUGUUGCCUUCGUCCCAGAAACCAAGCCAAGCCCACCCCCGGUUACCAAACCUAGCCCGGUUACCAAAAUCAACAAAAUCCCUGAACCAGCUCCUGAACCAAAGUUGACCAUAACCAAACCUGUUGAGACCAAACUCAGCCCAAUCCCAAGCCCGGUCUCCAAGCAGGCUCCAAGCCCCAUUGCCAAAACACCUGAACCAGCCAAAACUCCUGAACCGAAAAUACCUGAAUUGAAAACACCUGAACCAACCAAAACUCCUGAUUUGAAAACUCCUGAUCCGAAAACACCUGAAUUGAAAACACCUGAACCAGCCAAAACACCUAUUGCUGUGUCUCCAAGCCCGGUGUCCCCUAAGCCAACACCACCCCUGACCCCUGUCUCCAAACCAACUGCACCCCAACCAUCAACCCCCGAACCCGCCAAGCUGGUGACACCAGCCCCCGAACUCCCCAAGCCGGUGACACCAACCCCGGAAUCCCAAAAGCCUGUGACACCAAUCACUCCGAUCCCAACCCCAAUGCUGAGCCCUGAACCUGCUCCGACCACCAAUGGCACACCUGAACCACCAGCACCUGAAUCCAAACCUAACACUGCUCUGGCCCCAGUGGGUCUGAUCGAAAGUCCUGUCGCCAAGGCAACCCCACCUAAAACCCCUGAGGUGGAGGUGACCGCCCCAAGUAGUCCAGCCCUUGAGGCCAAAAUGGACACCCCAGCUGAGGAAAACAACGCCACCACCGCAACCUGAGAACAGUCCCUGCACUCCUCCAAGGGAAACCCCACAGAUCCAUUAUCCUAUUCUCCUCCACCACUGUAGACAGACAAUCGAACACCCCCCUUACCAAAUAAGGAAGAAAUCACUGCUACUAUCGAGGCUGGGACUUAGAUUUAACACUUCUAAUGCUCAAACAUGCUGUAGUUUGUUAUGAUAGCUAACUCACCUGUACCUAACACUAACAUUAUCUUUGAGAUACUUUUUUCAAUUCACAGAUACUUUUCACAAGAUAAGAAAUAUAAGCAAGCGAGUCCAUUUUGUCAGACGUUUUAGCUGUUUCUUUUUUUACAUUUCUAUGCUGCAUACUCUUUUUUAGUGUGUAAACUAGAGCAUGACUGCCGGUCUGCCAACAAAAUUAGUUGCAGAGUUUACAAGUAAAAUGUUAAACCUAGCUACUUUAGAUGUGUUUUAUUUUGAGGUGUGCAGAAUGGUUCCACACCCUUUUACAAAGAUGUAGCAACUUUAGAAUGGCAAGUGAACAUGACUCAAUCUAAUUCAACUUCAUCUAUGACCAUCUACUCCAUUUGUGGAAUGAUAAAACCUUUGAUGAUGCCUGCUCUUUUCUCAGCAUGUGAAAAAAACAGACCAAAACGAAAGCACGAACAGCUCGUAAAUUUGCAACGGACAUUUUUUAAAUCUCAUAUGAUGAAACCAAUGACAUGAUUUAUCCCCCCCAAGGACUUAUAAAAGUGACUAUGACAUAACGUUCUCGUCAAACUGGAUGAAUUAGAAUAAACUUUCUAUCAAACUGGACUGGAUUCCUUCAAUCUACUUUUGACAUUCUCUAUACGUUUUCCUGAAACCUGGGAAUCUGGAAUUUUCCUGCUGGUCCUCUGCCGUCCUAUAGAAACAUCUAGAAAGCUUGAAUGAUGAAACAUCCUGAUACAAAGGAGCAUGGCAUUAUCCCAGCAACACUAAUACCUGAAUGCUGAACUCUAACAUCAAUACCUUCUGCUAAACUAAGUCUAACUUUUGUUUAAAAUGGAUGUCUCAUGUGAUUGUGCUCCCAACUACUUGAGAGGCUGUAUUGGUUAUAACGUGUUGGCCAACUCUGACUGUCCCAGUGGAUCUCUAGAAUCAGAUUAAUCGAAGAGAAAGAGCUUAUUUUGAUCCUUGACCUCACCCCAGGACCUGAAGACCCCAAGGACACACCUCAGCACUUUAAGCAAUCCCCAGUGAAUCUUGGGAAAUGUAGUGCUGAUUGUUAUUCUGCUGACUACAACUAUGAGAGUGGGAGAAGUGGAGGGGUCUGGUGAGUGAUGUCAUUGGCUUAGUCCUAACAUUUAAAAAAGGAAUCCUCCCUCUAUGUUCACUUCUGUCCUUCCUUCCUUCCUUCUGUACUCCCUCUUUUCCUUCCUCUCUUGCUUGCAGCAGGUGGUGAAGUACAGUAUUACGGCAUGGUUUCAUCUGGCCGAUAAUGUAGUUUUACUGUAGGUCCUGCCCUCUUUUCCUUCCUCUCUUGCUUGCAGCACGUUGUGAAGUACAGUAUUAUGGCAUGGUUUCAUCUGGCCGAUAGAUGUAGUUUUACUGUAGGUCCUGCCCUCUUGUCCUUCCUCUCUUACUUGCAGCAGGUGAUGAAGUACAGUAUUACGGCACGGUUUCAUCUGGCCGAUAGAUGUAGUUUUACUGUAGGUCCUGCCCUCUUGACUUCUCAUUUAUAGAUUAUGGGUCAGCCUUUAUACCCCAUGAUGACUUAUAAAAGUACAGUAUGAAAGUAUAGUCUUCCCUGAGAUAAUAGAACAGACCCAUGUCAGACUAUUCCUUGCCUACACACAUCUACAUGCAUUACAGUUGUCUAUGAACUACAUACUGGAAGCCUUGAGCCAACUGUAGAUGUGUUCCACGGCUCUGAUGCCUAGUAUGGUGAUCUCACAGUACAGUAGACAUGCAGUUCUGGUUAUUUGCUCCAGCCUAAAACAGACACUUCACAAAUUAACCCACUCGCAUCCAUCCACAGCACUGGAUAUGAUGUCAAAUCAUGGGUUGAUGUGUUCUAAUAGCCUACCCUAUUGCCAUUGGUCUCUCUGACUGCCCUAAAAAGGUCCUGCGAGAACUUCACUAACUAUUAACUCACUGUACCACCAUCUCCAGGACUGUGCCAUGACGCCAUCUGUCUUUAGUUGCUUGAAGCUAUGUUGCUCUAGCCUAGAUUUACAGUGCAAUAAGACUUCGCUGGUGGUUAAAACUCCUGUAGCCGCUAUGUGUUACAAGAGGAGGUGUGCAGAUACAUUUUGCUUAACAAAAGACAUCUCUACCUCAGUGUUUUAACUGACCGUCGUGACAGACACCAUGAAUGGUACAUUGAGUUCAGUGGACUACAUCUAAAAGCUUUUAGGAUAUUUAAGAGAAGCACAAAUAGGAGCCGUUUUAAGUUAACCAACACAUCAAUCAGUUGUUGGAACACAUAGAAAGUACAUUCAACUUCAAACGAUGGCCUUUCUCUUUCUAAACACUUCCACAAUUCUAAGACAUUUUUUAAUGCUAAAAUGAAUAUGAGAAUAAAAUGAAAGUUAAAAGCCAUAUGAUAAAAUAGUGAUAUAGAUGUUAUGAUUAGUACAGUAUAUAAAUCAUGAUGAAUACAGUAUGAAUACUUUAGUGUUUGAGGGGCCUAAAUUCUUUGCUAUAUUGUCAAUCAACUGAUGUAAGUGAUAAAAGGUCAAUGAUUAUGUAAAAUUAUACCACUGAAGAGAUUUGGCCCUACUCUCAAUCUCAAUCUCGAUCUCGAUCUUGCUCAUCAAACUCUGUUGUGUGGAGCCAUAACACCCAUUUAGGCAAUACUAAAAGCAGUGUUUAGCUGUUUCUGCACACACACAAACACAAACACAAACACACACACACAAACACUCCCUUAUGACGCUGCUGACGAGGUUCAGCAUUGUAAAUAUUGCAUGUGUAAGGUUUUAAAAGUCUCCUCUCAAAGGUUGAAUGUGUUUCGUGUAUAGAAUGGCCGUUGUAUUAUACUUGAUGAUAUAAAAAAGCUAAUCUAAUUUCUCACCUGUGCAAAGCCUACAUGCUGAUUAUUGAAUAUACUGUACACACACACACUAAUCUUCACUAACUUAUAAAAUACUAACUUGAACAACUGAAAAUGGUAAA